AGCCGUACUACAGCACUAGUCUGGCUGGAUGUCUGACUCAGCCACGCAGGUUAUUUGGGAAUAUAUUUUAAACGCAUGUUUUAACUAAUCAGACCAUAUAAUGCUCGCUCGUUCCUCUUGCGUUGGACUACGUGCAUCUUGUAUUUUGGGCGGCUUGGAGAAGUGCGACAGGAGGUUUUAAGGUCUUCACCAAGAAGAUGAACAAGGCUCUUGCUCUGGCAUUUGAUAAAUAGACUGGCAGUGUCUAUGUUAAUAUCUUUCUGACCACACCUGCUAAUGGACUGAGAUAAUGGACAUUCAAUAAAUGUUUCAUUUCUAAAUGUGGACUAGUGCCAACAUUGCAGAAAAGCCCAUCGUCCCGAUUCCAGGUCACUGUGUCCCCAAAUUUGUGCUACCACUGUCCUGCACCCUCGCCCGUCUGUUCAUCCCUCGCUUUAUGGGGCUGUUUUUGCUUUCUCUGGCCCUGUUUUGUAUUUUGCCACAGACUGCUAGAAUUCGUUUCAAAUAAAUUUGUACUUUUUACGUAUGGACCAAAUCUAGAACUGCGCAAUAACGGCCUCUGCCCAACAUACGGUACUGUUGGAGUUUUAACCCUUGCAAGAAACCCAGCUGAAUGUCAGUAAGCUCUCAGGAUAUAACCCAAGGACUUUCCAAGUGAUUUAGCACUCAGGAUUUAAACCAAGAACUUAUAUCCAGGUCCGUUUUAAACAAGCAUCAAAGAUCACAGAGCUCAUGUAAAGAACAAAUCAUGAGCUCUGACAGUUUCCAGUACCGUGCACUGUUUGAGUACAAGCAGGAGAGGGGUGACGAUAUCUCUCUGCAGCCUGGAGAUCUCCUCACAGUCAGUAAGAUGGCACUGCUGACAUCCGAUUACCAGGAGGGUGAUGAGAAGUGCCCAAAAGGCUGGCUGCAUGGCACCAAUGAACGCACAAAGGAGAAGGGAAACUUCCCCGGCACCUUUGUGGAGUAUGUUGGGGCCGUGAGGACGGGCCUUACUUCAGGGAAGCCGUGGUCGAGACCUGUACCACCAACACCUGUAGGGCCCCAGCCCCCAGGGGCCGCUGCUUCAGAGGGCCCCUGUGGAAAGGGAGAUGUUGUGGAGCAGUGCGCUCUGCCUGACCAGACCCCAGUCGUGGUGCUCAGGCUGACAGAGGCUCUAGAGAGACUGGACUGGGAGAAUGAGCCACUGUACCUGUCUGGCCAGACCUCCACUGGAUCCCCAGAAUUAUUGCAGGCUUUGGAAACAGACCCAGCAGCGGUGGACUUUGAGCAAUAUGAAUUGUCCACAUUGGCUGAUACACUUAAGAGUUACAUUCAGGACUUGCCCUGCCUGCUCAUCCCAGCUGUAGUGUACAGUGAGCUGGUUUACACUGUUCAGGAAACCCAAGGCAUGGAGGAGUGUGGACAGCAGCUGAAAAGAAUCCUUGACUCUCCCAGUGUCCCUCAGGCUAACCACCAGCUCCUGGUUCAUCUGACCCGACACCUAAAUAAGGUGGCCCAAAGUGGGGGAGCAGCUCAGGCAAGCCCCAGGCUUCUGGCUCUGGCCUACAGCGAGGCCAUCUUCAAAAACAAUCACUUCAGUGCGGAUGUAAACCCAGAACAUCAUGUGAAGAUUCUUGAGGCACUUAUCAUGGUUGGAGGCCUAGUGGAGAUACAAGCGGCUCCAGCUCUUCCUCCCAAGCCAACAAAACCCAUGACACCAGUAAAUGGCAACGGUGUGAAAGAAGCCGCCAGCGGCUCAUUGCAAGAAGCGGAAUGGUACUGGGGAGACAUAUCAAGGGAAGAGGUGAACGACAAGCUGAGAGACAUGCCCGAUGGUACUUUCCUGGUACGUGACGCCUCGACCAAGAUGCAGGGAGAUUACACACUAACGCUAAGGAAAGGUGGAAACAAUAAGCUAAUAAAGAUCUACCACCGGGAUGGGAAGUACGGUUUCUCAGACCCGCUCACGUUCAGCUCAGUGGUGGAGCUCAUCAGUCACUACAGGCACGAGUCCCUGGCCCAGUACAACACCAAACUGGACGUAAAGCUCAUGUAUCCCGUCUCCCGCUACCAGCAGGAUCAGCUGGUGAAAGAGGACAACAUUGAUGCAGUGGGGAGGAAACUCCAGGAAUAUCACAAUCAAUAUCAGGAGAAGAGUAAAGAAUAUGACAGACUCUACGAGGAGCACACAAAAACCUCACAGGAGAUCCAGAUGAAACGUACUGCAAUAGAGGCCUUCAAUGAGACCAUUAAAAUUUUUGAAGAACAGUGUCACACGCAGGAACGCUACAGUAAAGAAUACAUCGAGCGAUUCCGCAGAGAGGGCAAUGACAAAGAGAUUGAAAGGAUCAUGAUGAACUACGAGAAGCUCAAAUCCCGUCUUGGUGAGAUUCACGACAGUAAGACCCGGCUUGAACAGGACCUGAAAACACAGGCUUUGGACAACAGGGAGACGGACAAGAAAAUGAACAGCUUAAAGCCAGAUCUCAUUCAGCUCAGAAAGAUUAGAGAUCAGUACCUUGUCUGGCUCAAUCAUAAAGGUGUUCGACAGAAACGAAUAAACGAUUGGCUGGGGAUCAAAAAUGAGAACACGGAUGACGCCUACUUCGUCAGUGAGGAGGAUGAGAAUCUGCCACACUACGAUGAGAAGAGCUGGUUUGUGGGGGACCUAAACCGAACGCAGGCAGAGGACUUGCUACACGGCAAACCCGAUGGAGCCUUCCUCAUCCGCGAGAGCAGCAAGAAGGGCUGUUACGCCUGCUCUGUUGUUGUGGACGGCGAGGUGAAGCACUGCGUCAUCUACAGCACACCCCGCGGCUACGGUUUCGCCGAGCCCUACAACUUGUACAGCACUCUGAAAGACUUGGUCCUGCACUACCACCAGACCUCACUGGUCCAGCACAACGACUCGCUCAACGUGCGGCUGGCGUACCCAGUGUAUGCACAGAUGCCCUCAGGCCCUCGGAGAUGAAGACUCGCCCCCCAAAAUAAAAAAAUAAAAAACUCUACACUCAUGGGAGGGAGGAACAGUUUCUGAACAAAAAAAACAUACCAACAACUACAAAAAAACACUUGCUGCAACACGUCAGCCACCUUGGAGUUAUAUAUUUUUACAAGAACAAUUUGGAGGGCAUUCUUUCUAAAGACUGCUUGAUUUGCACAAGGAAGUUUUAAAUGUUUGUGAAUGUGAAAAAAGCAGAAGGAAGCAGUGGAGGCGAGUUUCAGGUGACCCGCGCUGCUACCUAAACUCCAGCUGGGACUUUUUACAUGCUCCGUUUUAGCUUUUAGCUUAAGCUUUUUUUUCCUGCCUCGAUUUUCUCACAUCUUUCUGUUUUUUUCUUUUGUUUAUUUGUAUUGUCUUUGCAAAAUCCUUAACUAUAUGUAAGGCAGGAAAAUAAUUAGUUUGUUUAAAUGUCUCCAUCUCUCUCUUUAAGUGUUUCAAAAAGGCAAAAACUGUAGCAAACAGACGACUGACACUUUCCAGAGUGUUCUCACGGUGACUGCUGCUGAACGAGAGGUUGUGGGAUGGUUUGGGAGGGCACAAGUGAAAAUGUGUUGUAGUCUUAAAAACAAAAGCUUGUUUUAACACUAACACUAACCUUAGAGGUGCUUUUUUUUCUGUUUGGCUGGAUCAAAAGUUUUGUCCUUUCCUAAGCAGUUAAGAUCGCUACAGCUCAGUGCAGAGACCAAAGUUGGCAUGGGGAGGACUUUUUUUCUUUCUUUUUUUUACUUCUUGUGAUAAAAUUGGCUUGUAUUAAUUGAGCGAAAUGAUACUUAAUACACCUAGUUUGCAAACUACUUAAAAUAGUUUGGAUCUGUGUCCUGUGAACAGAAGCUCCACAUUUUUUUAAGAACCAAAAUCGCAUGCACAGACACAGUCGACAUAAAGCACUUAUAUAGAAAUGACAACUGACCGCUGCACCAAAAUUGAAAAAAAAAAAACAAUUACUUGUUUUUAACUAAUGUGGCAUCUUAAUGCUUAAUUGGAUUUGUGUACCUGUCAAACAUGUUCAGAAGACAUUCUUCAGUAAGCAGGAGCAGUGUUAGAGCAAAUGUGCUUCAGUACGUAACUUGAAACAAAGUGCAAUCCAGCUUUUGAUGGUAGAGAAGUGGUCUGUCAGAGAGAGAAACAAACUGCUCUCAGUGGCAUCAAAAAGCGAUAAUCACUUGAACCUUUUGAAAAAAGCCCCUUUAUUGCCUAGUGCUUCUCUUUAGCAGGUUGACUCAUUCUGUAUCAGAAAAGAGAUAAUACACUUUUCAUUGUUUGGCUGCCUGUUGGUUUUAAUGUCGCACAAUAAAACCUUUAUGAAAAUAUUCAAAGCUAUAUGCACAAUAUUCACUGUCGGUACGUCAGUUAUUAUAACUUCCUGUUUUUGUUGGGCUUCUGGCAUGCAGGUGUCCAGUUUAGUAUUGAAGUUCACAUUAUUUUUUGUUUUCUUUCCCAGUUUCCCAUUUUUUACGAUUUGGUUGUAUAAGACUGUUAUAGUCUUACAGGUCAUUAACCAGCACAGACAGCCCUCACUCACCACUGCAGCUACCCAUCUCACUCAAUCCACAGCAUGCUGCAGUAGAAAAAGCAGCAUAUAGUAAAUUUAAUGACAUUAUUUGUCAAAACACUCUUAAUGGCAAUUUCUAACUAUUUUAUGUUUUGGCAAAUUGGUGGCAAAUUCAAACAACUGUACCGUUUUGUACGAUCUGCUUACACCCCAUUUAUGUUUAGGUUUGGGUGGAAGUUUUCGUAUGAAUCAAAACAAUUGCCAAAUCGUAAAAUAGUUGUUUUUUUUCAUGAAGUUGUGUUGUUAAUUGUUUCUGAAGUGAUCUGCAUUAUUUGAGAUGGAAAACUUGGGAGUCUUUUGGUGGGUUAGUUUGGAAACAAACAGAGCAUUCAGUCAGAUCAGCUGUCGAGAUGAACUUACAACCUAGAGUCCUAAUGAAAACCACAUGCAGACAGGGAAACUGAUGGAGGUUUUCCCCCAUCCACUGUUCUUUUCAGUUGCUUUUCAUUUGCUAUUGCAAGUGGCUGUGGUUUGAUUGGGUGUUACUGGCAGAACUCGGCGUUCUCAUCUUGUCUGCGCUAACAUCGCUGUGGCACGACCAGAACACGCUAACCUCAGCAGAUCAGCUGCUUGAUUUUAGUUCUGUGUGUGCGACCGUUCACUAAUAUGUCUUUGCAGCCUUGGUGUUGCCUUUUAUUUUUAUUUUUUUUCUGUGGAAAGCUUUUGGUUACUGUGUUCUAUAUCAUAGAUCCAGCUUUAUUUUCAUUUUAUUUUAUCCUCCAAAUGUUUUUUUUUUUGUCGUUGUUUUUGAAGCUGGGCCCCAGAGGGGCCCUCUGUGUAUUACUUGAACUCUUGCAUCACUCACCAUUGAAUGUCUUUAAUAAUACAUAGAUACAUUUAUUAAAACACAGGAAAUCCCUUUUAUGGCAUGAGUGGAUUGACUACAAAACGUAAAGACUGGAACUCAACUUGUGUGUUUUGUUGAAAGUAAAGGGGCUUAUUUAUGUUCACAGAGCUGAUUACUGGAGUCCAGUAUAGCACACAUCAUAUUUGAAUAACUGUUUGAAGAAAAAAAAAAAAUGUUUUAAUCACUUUUUUGCUACGUUUAUUAGAGUUUUCCCAGGCGUCGAGACCAAAGAUUUAAGUUUGGUUUGUUUUAUUUUCUUGGGUAGUUUUAGUUUUGAAGAGAUGCAUAAUUUUCUUCCCUUGUAUUUCAAUUGCCUUGCUUUCAUGCAAACUUAAUUUUGUGUCUUAGUUUUCGGGUUGCUAUUGCUAGCCCCUCACUUGUCUGGCAAAAUAACAAUGUCUUUAUUACUGUCCGUAUAUUGAAGGGUUCACUGUGGAUUGGCUGGGGGUCCAUUUUUUUGCCAUUUAAAAAAAAAAAAAAAAAUCUGAUGACAAUUUGUUUACCGAAAUGAAAUGUAGUUUUGUUAAGCCUCAGAUUGAACAGGCUGGCCUAAAGCUGAUUCAUUUUUGCACUCACUUGUUUGUAAAAGAUAAAUGCUUUUUUUUUUGUGUGUGUGUGCGUGCCAUCACAGUUAUUCCUUGUCAUUAAUUUGUCCGUUAGGUCACUAAACCACCUCUAAAGUUACCAAAAUCAAGUGUUUCUAUGCCUCUUUUCUUUACAGAAUAGUCUUGCGUUCACUCCAGCUGGAGUCAUUGUUGCUUUUUUGUUUUUUUUGUUUUGUAAAACUCAUUAAAGAAAACAGACAACCCUAUACCACACAGAAAUGUAUGGUUUGUUUAGGAAAAAAAGAAAAGCGAUUGUCAUUCUCUGCAGGGCAGAAAGCAGUGGGGUUUGUUGGUUUUCUUUGUUCCUAUACUCAAGAAAGCAUGAAAUAUUCUGUUUUUCUUUUUCCUUCCGAAAGUUUUCAGGGACAUGAAAAGCAUUGCAUUGGGAAUUCGUAUGAGAGACAUUUACUAGAGUGCAUUUUUUUGUAUUGAAGUGGGAAUGGGGGAAGCGCACACAUUAUAACAAGCUGACAGAAUCAACAGUGCAUUGCUUCAAAAGCUCAGAGGGUUUGGACAUGUACCAAAACAACCUUUCUUGACUCAUAACCGCUUGAGUUUUCAGUUAGACUCUGUACAAAGCAGGUGUUAUGACUAGAAGACCUGGCUAAGGUUAUUUCCGGACUGUUAACUAGCACUGGCUAUUGCCCCCUUGUGCAGUUCUGCAAAGUUUUAUUUGCAGUCAGGUUUGAAUAUGUUGUGAUUCUCAUUGGGAGUCUUUUGUGUUCUUACCACAGCUGUCCCACCAUGAUAUCCAGCACAUUUCUUAUAUAUAUAUAUAUAUAUAUAUAUAUAAGAAAAUAACAGGUUUUCAAAAAAAUGAAAAAGGAAAAAAAAAAAAAACUAUCACUCUCCUUCCCACUUUGACAUACGUAAAACCCAGCAUGCUUUGGUACUCUUGACUGUUGUUUUGUGUAAUAAAAACAAACAUACAAAAAAAAAAAGUAAAACAAAAAAAAAAGAUGUGGAACAAAAACUGUUAAUUGUCUGUUUAUGGUGUAGUCAAAUAUAAAUUUUAAUAUAGCUUAUGAAAAGUCUGCUUUUUCAGCUAAAAUAAGUUGGAGCCCUUUGUUGCAGUGACUAAAAGCAAAAUGAUGUUCACAAAAACUGAGACAGAGGAGCUGAAGCAAUAGACAACAGCGUGUUCAAUACCGUUUGCACAACCGACUCAGUAACGUAUAAAUGCAUCUCAUCUGAGACCUUUAAACUAAUGUUUUCUUCAUACUCUGAUCAUCUUAUUGACUGAAUAUUCACUUUUAUUCUGCAUCAAUAUAAAUAUUUCCUUAACACCAGCAGUGUUUCCAUCUCUGGACUUUUAUAGACUCAGCUUGAGCAAUAAGCCACGGGUUCUCCAUGUCCAAAAAACAUACAUACUGCAAUGAAAAUAAACGUGUUGCACCGGCUCCAGUCCAUUUAUGCUUCUAUAAACAAGUAUUUCAUGUCUUAUAAGACAAGUUAUGGCACAAAAGGACAUGAGAUACUUAGCUCUUCAUGUAGAGAACAAGAGAUGUCAGAAAUCCUCUCUCUCAGUAUUUGACUUUCAUUGUUGCUUCUGACUUAUUCUUCAGUUACAAUUUCCACCACAACAUUUUCUUGUAUCUGUUACAAUAGUUUGUAUUGGUUGUAGACUCUCCAUUUGUUAUGAGGUGAACUCAUGUAUAUAAUCAAUGGAACUCCACAAUAUUCAGUUCUCUUGCAGAAUAAAGAAAAUAUUUUGUUCAA